AUGAAAUAUAUGCAAGCAAUAUUUCUGCUAGCUGCGCUGCUAAUAACAGCCAGCGUUCAGGCCGAAGAAGAAAAGUCAUCAGCUGGAGCUCAUGAAGAACAAGUGGAAGCCAAGGGACAUUCCAAAGCUGUGGUGGAGACCACCAAAUCUAAACGAGGUCUUCAUCAUCAUGAACACUAUCAUCAUUAUCCAGCUCAUGAGGAGAAAACUUUAACAAUCAUCAAGAAAAUACCCUACCCAGUGCCCGUGGAGAAGGAAGUCCAUGUGCCAGUGGAGAAAAUUGUCCACUACCCAGUUGAGGUGAAAGUGCCCAAACCCUAUCCAGUGGUUAAGCAUGUGCCCUAUGAGGUUAAGGAAAUUGUUAAGGUUCCCCAUGAGAUAGAUGCUCCAUAUCCUGUGGAAAAGAAAGUCCCUGUACCAGUACAUGUGCCAUAUGAUCGCCCAGUCCCAGUUAAGGUAUACGUGCCACAACCCUAUCCCGUAGAGAAGAAGGUGCAUGUGCCCGUUAAGGUACAUGUGCCAGCACCAUAUCCGGUGGAGAAGAAAGUGCCCUAUCCCGUUAAGGUGGAAGUUCAUGUCGAUAAGCCUUAUCCCGUGGAAAAGAUAGUCCAUUAUGCUGUUAAGGUGCCCGUAGAGAAACCAGUUCCCUAUAAAGUGGAAAAACCAGUGCCCUAUCAUGUUGAGAAACCAGUGCCAGUGCAUGUCAUCAAGAAAGUGCCAGUUCCUGUACAUGUGCCCUAUGACAGACCAGUGCCAGUACAUGUAGAGAAACCAGUACCCUAUGAGGUUAAAGAGCAUGUACCAGCCCCCUAUCCAGUGGUGAAAGAAAUUCCCUUCAAAGUAGAAAAAGAUGUACCCUACCCCGUGCAUAUACCCGUUGAAAAACCAGUUGCUGUACAUUUGGAAAAACAUGUACCAGAGUAUCAUGAAAAGCAUAUCUCCUACAAAGAACCCGAGUUUAUACACAAAAAAAUCGAGGAACAUCAUUAUGAAGGGGGUCACCAUGAAGGGGGCCACCAUGAAGGGGGCCACCAUGAAGAGGAACAUCAUCAAGUUAUACAUCAACAAGCCGAACAUCAUGAAGCUAUACAACAUGAAGCCUUACAACAUGAAGGUGGACAUCAUGAAUCCAGUCAUCACGAAUCCGCCCCCAUACAUGUCGAAGAGCAUUCUCAUGGCGAAUCCGAGAGCCAUUAUGAAUCAAAAGUGGAGGUUGGCGACUAUGGUCAUGGUCAUGGUCAUGAAUAUGAUCAUCAUGCCUAUGGCCAUUAUGAAGAGCAUCCCUAA